CGUAUAUUGAAAGCUACAGACGUGCAGCCAGGAAUAUUAAACCAAACAUCAUUUUUAAUUGUCUGGUCUUCCAAUGCGAAAUGACCCAAAGUAGAUGAUUACUUAUUAGGGUUGAGCUCUGCCUCAGAACGGGGAUCAGAUGCUGAGUUAUGAAAGGAGGAGAGAAGGAGGAAGAGGAGGAGGGGAACCAACUUACUGGCACCGCCUGCCAGAUUCACAGCAGAUCUGAGCUUAUCGCAUCAUCGCAUCUAACCAUAAAUUACUGCUUCAGCCAGACAAGGAGGUCUUCACCGAGCCUGCACGGCUGACAUCUCAACGAGGGAGUUACUUCUCUUCUCAUGCUUUAGAGAUAAACCUUUAUUUUACCUCUAAGCUUCUUUGAUCACCAUCUCUUCUCUCAACCUCUCUUCGGAACCGGUGGCAUAUUGGACGCGCUGGAUGGCCGCUGCACCUAACGGACCGGUGUGAAUAGUUUUCUUUCUUUAUCCCCCCCAAACCCCAUCCAUCCAGCCUCAUCUUCGUUUUUCCUCGGACUCAAAGAGGCUGAGCACAAAACAGGAGCAGAAGCAAUGGAAGACCAGGUGACCCAGGAGUCCUGCCCCGUCCCGGAGCCGACGGUUGUGGAUCCCUGGCCGGGCACAGUGCGGAACGGCCAGUGCGCCGCGGAUGGCUUCACCAACCACCAGCAGCAGCAGCAGCAGCAAGCCAAGACCCCCACAGAGCCGGAGUCUUUCACAGUCAACCAGGAGAUGAAGAUUACCGACAGUGUGGACGGAGAAGGUCUUCUUGAGAGCAGCAUGCGCCUGAAGCCCCACGAGGCUCAGAACUACAGGAAGAAAGCUCUSUGGGUCUCCUGGGUCUCCAUUGUGGUCACACUUAUCCUGGCUGUGGCAGCUUUCACUGUUUCCUUCAUGAGACACAGCGCGUCAGCCUUUGGAUUUGCCUUUGAUGCCACACUGGAUGUCAUGUCAUCAGUCAUCGUCCUUUGGCGCUACAGCAACGCAGCAGCUGUUCACUCUGCRCACAGAGAGUACAUAGCGUGUGUGAUCCUUGGGAUUGUGUUUAUUCUCUCCUCAUUGUGUAUCCUGGGAAAAGCCAUCCAUGAUCUGGCCACCAGGAUGCCUCCAGAAGUGGAUGACUUCCUCUACAGCGUCUCCAUAGUGAGCGGCCUCAGUUGUGCUGUGCUGGCCGUGGCCAAGUUCAUGCUGGGAAAAAAGCUGACCAGUCGGGCACUUAUUACUGACGGGUUUAACUCGAUGGUUGGAGCAAUCAUGGGAUUCUCAAUUCUCAUCAGUGCUGAAGUCUUCAAGCAGCAUCCCGAUGUCUGGUUUCUGGAUGGCACCAUUGGGGUUUUAAUCGGACUAAUCAUCCUGGCCUACGGAGUCAAGCUCCUGAAAGACAUGGUGCCACGGGUCAGGCAGACGAGGAACUACGAACGCUUCGAAUGAAAGAGCCCGAGGCUAAUCAGAUUGGCAGUUUUAGACACACACACGCACACACACACACCCACACACACCUGGGUGCCUCCUGCCCUCUCCUCUCUCAUCUUUCAUACACUCAUCCACGUACUGCUUGUACAUUCACUAUUUUGGCAUACAUCAUGCUCUGUUCCAUGCAUAUAUGUGAAUAUACACUUUUGCUGUACAUACUGUACAUAGUACACUCCGACAUUCAAUUACUCAAGUCUGAGAGACCUUGAGAGAUAAUGACAUUAUUGAAGAUCUUCUCAGCUCAGAGUUUUUUUUUCCUUAUUCUCUUAAAUAGCUCCUAAAUGCAUCAAGUUAAAAAUGACACCCUGGAUGAGGAAGAGGUGAGAUCAUAAACUCAAAAGCUCAAGAAGUGCUUUGGGUUUGUUCAGGAAGGCAGAGACRGAUGUCAAUGCAGAUUUUUAUGUUGRUAGUGUCUUUAAAUAAGGUCUUGUGGAAAAAAGUGGGUUUAUCCAUGUAAUUUACUAAAGAAGACAUUCAGUGGGCUUUUUAGAAUGAAGCCUUUCCUUCAUUGUCAAACUCUUGCUCUAAGCUGCCCACUAAUUUACAAACUUUAUCAUUUCAAGUGACUAUUAAGYAGAAGUGUGUCUUUAAAUGUUAAACAGAGRAAUUCUUCUGAGAUUAGCCUCCUAAAUUAUCUCUAAGACAUGAAAACAGGAGGAGAAAACGGUUAAUGCUAUAWCUUCCUGAAACAUUAACAACCUUCAGUUAGGUGACUGAGUUAAGAUGAAAGGACUCAUUAAGCACAAACAUUUGCCAUAAAAUGGCGAUGGAGACAAAGUUCAAUGCACAAAUCUGGAACUGUUUGGAUGUUUUUGUUUUCUUUCUGUAAUAAGGUCAAGCACAAAUUAAUGAACCAGCUAUGAUAACGUACACUUGUUGACUGCUGCUGACAGCUGAUCCUUGAGCCAACUUGGGCCAGACAAAGCCUUGAACAUUUUUUUUUUCCAUAUAUUGUCAUGUUGAAAUUAAACGUACUUUAAAGAGAUUUUAAGUUAAACAAAACAUAGCGCGAAAUUGUGAAGUCUUCAGAGAAUAUAACUUUUUUUUCUCCAUACAAAUGUGAAAAGUGUCAUGCAUUUGUUAUCAGCCCCCAGAGUCAACAGAAGCACCAUUCGCUGCAUUUAAAGCAGACUAGUGCCUGUAUUGUGUCUUUGACUUUACAGAAAUCCCUCAUACAGAGUAUGCAUGUGGCGACAGUUCAGAGGAAAAACUCCCCUCUAACAGGAAGAAACCUCCAGCWUAGCCUGGCUCAGUACGAGCUGCAAUUUGCCACGAGCGACUCAGAUUUUGAGAAGGCAGAGCAGAUUUACAAAAAAGAAACAGAAUAACUGAUGUAGUACUUUUUAUGUUAAUAAAAMAUAAUUCAAUAGCAGCAGAGGAACAUGUUUCCUCCCUCCAGGAAGGGACCACAGCCAAACAGAAAGCCAGACCAGAUGUAGCUUCUAUGGAGGAAAAGAAAACUGAGAAAACAUUAAGUUUGCAGUUGGAAUGACAGCAAAUAUUGCAAAUUAAAGAGAAGUAGAAGAAGAAAGUAGCAGAGUGACGAAAAGUGGAAAGCCUUUAGCAGCAUAUCUAGAGAUAGAUCAAAAUAACCCAACUCCUUAAAAUGAAUCUYUAGAGACAAAGCCACAAAUAAAAUAUAUAAAAACAGAACUAACAAACUGUAAAGUAAGRGGAAACUUACAGCAUUAGAAAGUGCUGUGCAGUUAUUAAAAACAACAUAGUCUGAUCAAAAGAAAUGUGCAACUGAGUAGGAAAAUAUGAAAAAAUGACCAAAAAUGUGCAUAAGAAAAUCAACAGAGUACUUACAAGAAGCAAAARGWAGAGGGCGCCAAAUAUAAAUGCAGUAAAAAUGUAUUCUUUGAUGGAAAAGUUUGCAAAUGAUGCAGCUUACAUGCUUGUCUUUUAAUGCAUUUUCAAUAAAAAAA